UUAUGUAUAAACGUAAGAUACAUUUGAUUAGCGGAUGACAGCUUUGCACAGGCGUGCUGCGUCGCGUCGUUGCGUUCCUAUGCGGAAUCUAACCUAACCUUUAACCUGCUGCGACUGAAAUUGUUAUUCACAUAUUUCGUUUGCACUUUAAUUGGACUUCAUUGAACGUUCUUUAAUACGUAUUCCGAUCUUACUCUAUAAUGAAUCUACCUCGUGUAUUGAUCGUUAGCACGAAAGAAGGGAAAGCUAAGGAAAUCGCAGAACGCAUUGGAGCGGAACACUUAUCCGAGGAGGAUGAGAUCGUGGAUUAUCUAUGGAACAUUGACAACAAAUAUUAUACGUCGCAGGUCUUGGUACACGCUGUAGAAAAUCUGUCCCACAAACUCACAGUGGAAGGAAUUAAUGCGUUGAUCGUGUACCAUGAUCCACAAGCAGAUAAGGUGGAUCAAGAGCUGGAGCAAUUGGCAUCUUUGGCUACUUCGUUGACAGCAGCGGAGGUACUGUUGUUUUCUUGCAGUAUGAUAUCAGACUCAUUUCUGCGAGAUAAAGUGCUAAAUUGGUGUUUGCACAACAAGUUUGAGUUGAUUGAAUUGGAGCAAACAGGAGACCCCGAAUGCGAUACAGAAGGUAAUAAAUAUGGCAUCGAAAGGAUUAUAGAAGCUCUGCAUGCCAACACAUGGCCUAAUAUCGUGCUGAAAGACAAAUUGUGUGUAGGACAAGCAUCGGAAGUAAAUGAGAUUGAAGAACAGUUUGAGAAUAUUCGAUUAACACGUGACCCUUCAGAAACAUUACGCAUGCAAGACAUGCUCGACGGCAUCAUGGGUGACGAAAAUGCGGAUUUUGGAGAGCUGUACGGUCAAUUAAUGACCAUGAAAGAACAUGCGGCAUCCUUACCAACAAAUGAAAGACGUUUAGUAGCGGAACAAGUAGUCACCGCUUUUUGGAAAGCUAUGGGUGGCGAUCUUCUAGAAAUCGAGGAUUAAAUUUAAGAUUCGGUGUAUUUUAUAAAUCGACUAUUUUUUUAUUUUUAAGUGUAUUCUACUUGACGCUCGCAACGCUCUAGAAUGAUUUCAUUUUUCUUGUCCACCAAAUAUUAAACAAAGAUAUAUGUUGUUGUGAGUACCAAGUGGAGUGUACAAUUUGUUACUUGUAAAGACUGGUUUAUAUUGAAACGAUGCGUGCAUCAGGAAUGUAUGAUAAAGAAUAAGAGCAUCUUUCUU